AUGGACGGAUUUAAAUUAUGGUACUCAGGAGGCUCAAGGGAUAGGAAUGGAGUAGGUAUUCUAGUCGACGCGGACCUGAGGGGGUGUGUGGUAGAGGUAAAGAGGAUCAGUGAUAGGAUGAUAUUUAUUAAGCUAGUUAUAGGCAGGCUUUUUGUGAACGUUGUUAGUGCGUAUGCACCUCAUGUGAGUCUGGAUGAAGAAGUCAAAAGGCUCUUUUGGGAGAAUUUGGAUGAAGUAGUGAGAGGUAUACCUAGUACCGAAAAGAUUUUUAUUGGGGGAGAUUUCAAUGGUCAUAUUGAUACAACUUCUAAUGGUUUUGAUGAUGUCCAUGGAGGCUUUGGUUUUGGGAAAAGGAAUGGCGGAGGGGUUUCUCUCUUGCCAAAGCUUUGA